AGCUGCUGCUGCGCGCGUGCUGGGUCGGUCAGUAACGCGCAGAGCAGAGCGAGGGUGUCGUUGAAUCACGCUUUCUUGCGAAGUAUGAAGUCUGAACGGCAAGCACUGGAUUUGCAUCUGGUAUUUUGGACCUAUGGAACAUCAUCCUAAACUCAUAUUCUUAUACUCCUGAGAGAAAUGGGGAACGGAAUUUCAGAGCAGCCCAGCUUUCUAUCCAGUCUUCCGUUCUGUAAUUCUCUUCACAUCGCUAUUCUGGGUCUGGACUUUGCAGGCAAAACGACGGUCCUGUACCGUCUGCAGUUCAAUGAGUUUGUCAACACUGUCCCCACCAAAGGUUUCAAUGCAGAGAAAGUCAGAGUACCUCUUGGGGACUCACAAACGGUGACGUUUCACUUUUGGGACGUUGGCGGGCAGGAGAAACUGCGCCCUCUUUGGAAGUCCUAUACACGUGGCACAGAUGGCAUCGUGUUUGUUGUGGACUCUUUGGAUGCGGAGAGAAUGGAAGAGGCAAAGACGGAGCUUUACAAAAUCGCCCGAUCCUCUGAAAAUCAAGGAGUGCCUGUGUUGAUUAUUGCUAACAAGCAGGACUUGAGACAGGCUCUGUCACUGUCACAGAUAGAGACCAUGCUGGCACUCAAAGAACUGGGACCCUCUACGCCGUGGCACCUGCAGUCCACCUGUGCCAUCAUUGGUGACGGUCUCAAAGAGGGACUCGAAAGACUUCAUGACAUGAUCCUAAAACGAAGAAAGAUGCUCAAACAGCAAAAAAAGAAAAAAUAGACCGUAUAUAAAAGGGGGGAAAAAGGACUAUACAAGUUGAUAGUUGUAAACUGUCAUUUUUACGUGCCCCGAGUUGGUUAGAACCAACAAGUUGUUUACUUUCUUGUUUACUACUCUAGUUGUUUACUUCUGGUCAUAGACUUAGAAAUAAUAUAAACCUAAUAUAAAGAUAUUUUAAUACACUGAAAAGUGAUUUGUGUUGAAGGUUUAUUUCAAAUUUUUAUUUGCAAUAAAAGGGCUUUCUGUGUUAAUUCUAAAAUUGUUAUAUGUAAUAUUUUAACACAUAUACAGUACAUCUGCCAAAUCUUGUCAUUUUAGGGUCAGGUAUUAAGGUGUUAAAAAGAAUAACUCGCCCAAGAAAAACCUGUGAAUGAAAACUUAUUUACAUAAUUUUAUGUUCAUGUUUCUCCCUGAAUAAUUACUUGAAUUUCAUUUAUUUUUGCACAAAACUAUAGGCAUGCACAAUAUCAGUUUCAUAUCAGUUAAAGGUCAAGAUUUUUGGGGGGUAUUAAAUUGUGCAUGCUCUUUAGUUUAUAUUUAGAUUAUAUUUGAAGUAAUCUCAUGCUUAAUUCAAGUUAAUUUUUAACAACACAAAAUAUGUAAUCACCAUUAAAUGUAAUCUUUAGCCAAUCAAUUGGAAUAUAAGUCUUUCAUGCUGUACAUUAUAAUGUUGUGGUGCUUAAAUUGAUUUUAGUUGUUUAAUUUUUAUUUAUUUUUUAUUAUUAAAACUUUCGAUAAAGAUUUUUAAUAUAGAUUUAGCGAUUAUUGUCCAUAACAUGAUAUCUAAAUAAUUAUUAGCUUAUUAGUAUGGCGCAGUAUUUUAAUACGAUAUAUUCCUAAUCAUAUUCCAAUUAGAAAAUGUACAAUGUAAAGCACAAGUUAUAUGGAUUGCUUUUCUGAUAACUUUAUGAUGCCUUUGUGACACUUUUGGAGGAUUAAUGAUUCAAUCCCUAUUCAUUGUAAUUUUUUAGUCUUUUGUGUUUUACAAAAGUAAGUCAUACAGGUUGGUGAGUAAAUGACCAAAAUGUUAGUUUUGGUUGAACUAUCCCUUUAACACAUUCCUUUAAAAUUGCUUGGAGCCUUGUACCACCACAUUCUUCUUUGGUUUAGUAAUACUAAGGUGAGAAUAAAAAGCAAAUGCCUCAUACAUUA